CACGUGCAUUCUUCCCCAAAAACCAUAUUAUCCUCUUCCAAGUUUCUCUGCUCUCUCCUCUCCCUCCAAAAACCAUGUACGCGUCCAUUCCUUCUUUCUCUUCCUCUUCCCUUGUGUCCCGAGCCCUCAAACCCCCAAAGCCCUCAUCCCACUGCUUAUCGUUCAAAACCCUAACGCUAACCUGUACAUCACAACCCAAACCCAAGAAAAGAGCCACCACGAAUGCCCCGAAACCCACCUCCAAAAGCAAUAGAAAGCCGUCAUAUGGUACCUCCAGAAGGUCUGUUCUCAAGAAAACAUUCAACCAGGAGCAAGUUAUGUUCUCCGCUCCGGUCUCCAAUGACCCGGUCGUGGCGAUAAUCGGCGGAGGGAUGGCGGGUUUGAUAUGUGCCUUGAGUUUGGAGAAGAGAGGGGUUCGGUCCACGGUUUUCGACACGGGGAUUCAUGGUUUGGGAGGAAGAAUGGGAACCAGAAUAAUAGAUCCGUGGCCGUUAAUAUUUGACCAUGCGGCUCAGUUCUUUACUGUAAAUGAUUCUCGGUUUGCUGAGUUGGUGGAUUGCUGGUUGGAGAAAGGUCUGAUUGAAGAGUGGCAGGGUAUUAUUGGGGAGCUUGACGUGGGUGGUCUGUUUUCUCCAUUUCCUUCUUCUCUUAGAAGAUAUGUAGGUGUUAAUGGCAUGCGCCCCCUUGCUGACUCAUUACUAUCUGAGACUUGUUUGGUUAAUGUGGUGAGACCUUGCUGGAUAAGUAAACUUGAGCCAUUUAAUGGAAUGUGGCACUUAAGUGAAAAUGGAAAACCUUGUGGAGAGUUUGAUGCGAUUGUUAUUGCACAUAAUGGAAAGUGUGCAAAUCGCUUGCUUGCGACCUCGGGCUUACCCUUAAUUGCAAGGCAGAUGAAGAGGCUGGAAUUAAGUUCUAUAUGGGCCCUCCUUGCAGCAUUUGAGGACCCUCUUCCUCUCCCAGGCGGUGCAGUUACAUCUUUUGAAGGAGCUUUUGUCAAAGGGGUUGAUUCUGUCUCUUGGAUGGCAAACAAUACAAAGAAACUUCUGCGCUCCCAAAGUAGUGGCCCUCACUGUUGGACCUUUCUUAGCACUGCAGCUUAUGGAAAGCGGAACAAGGUUCCACAGGAAAACAUCCCAACUGCCACAGCAGAGAAGGUGAAGGCAGGCAUGCUUGAGGGUGUUGAGGCUGCGCUGGGGUUAUCAAAAGGAUCACUUAAGAAACCACUUUAUACCCGUGUCCAACUAUGGGGUGCAGCUCUUCCCAUUAAUACACCUGGCAUCCCCUGCAUAUUUGAUCCUCAAGGGCGGGCUGGUAUAUGUGGCGAUUGGUUACUUGGUUCAAGUAUAGAGUCAGCAGCCUUGAGUGGUAUGAGUCUUGCCAAUCAUAUUGCAGAUUAUUUUCAAAGUGGUGGAGCUCAUCCUGAAGAGUUUGCUGUUGGUUUACAGAAUGAGUUUCAACCACUUGAAGGACAUGAUGUUGGACAGUUUCCAGGACUGGAGUCUGAAAAAAAACAGAUGAACGAGGCCCGGGCUUAUCAACUUGCCUCCUGAAGUUGUGUCAGCUUGAGAAUUAUUAUAGAUUUGCAGGCAGAAGAAGUUCAAGGCUCAGGUCAGCUUUCAGAAGACUUGCGAGGGAAGAUGAUGAUUAUGUUUAUGCUUACCCACCAUCUCCCAGAACAACAAAUUGUGAAUGCAGAUUUUGUGGUGGUUCUUCUGCCCAUCUAUCCAACAGAGCUUCGGAAGGUACACAUUUACUUGGCAUCUCUAACGCUACUGGUGGAUUGAAUUCUCAGCUCCAUGAAGGUUACUUGUGGGAAUCUAGAGUUCAGGUGGAGCUAUAAAGGUAUGUGCUUAGACCAGCACAACCUAAUAUGAAUCCCUAUAUUGAAAUAUCAAAAUUUCAAGCAUGAAAGCUGUUUAAACUCUUCAAUAAUCCAUUAGUUGGCAUUAAUACCUGUCCUUUGGAGGGAGGCUUCAGCAGAUGUGAUAAUAGUGUUGCAUUGUUUCAAAUUUUGCACUAUCAAGACUUUUGAGAUUUUUUCUUUGGUUAUGAUUCUCUUCAAUUUUGGUCUCUCAGUUCAAUGAAAGGGUUAUCUUAGUUGGGUGCUGCAAA